GUCAAAUUAACCAAACCAAAACCAAUGAAAGCAGAAAGACUGAAAGUGGUGACAUUUACGUUGAAGUGGAAUAAUAUAAAACAAAAGAAAUAUCUUUGUUGGCUUUAAGUAAACACUUGAACUAUCGUUUACACUUAAAAUAGCACGUAGAAUAAUUCAAUAAAAAUGAAUAGUUUGCUACGUAGAAGUAUUUUUCCAAUUUAUAACAAUUCAUUAAAAUUAACAUGCCGAUCAUUUGCCGAAGUUCCUGUUAAAGAAAAAAUUGACGAAAUAGUUAAAAAAAAUAAAGUAGUAGUAUUCAUGAAGGGUGUACCAGAAGCGCCACGAUGUGGAUUCAGCAAUGCCGUCGUACAGAUAAUGAGGAUGCACGCAGUACCUUAUGAUAGUCACGAUGUCCUAUCUGACGAAAAUCUCAGACAAGGUAUUAAAGACUAUUCAAACUGGCCAACAAUUCCACAAGUUUUCAUAAAUGGAGAAUUUGUUGGAGGUUGUGACAUCAUGCUACAAAUGCACCAGUCCGGUGAACUUAUUGAAGAACUCAAAAAGGUUGGUAUAAAGAGUGCGCUACUAACUGCUGAAGAGUCUAAGAAGAAAGAAGAAAAUAAGUAAAACCUUUAGGCUGAUUAUAGUCAUGUGUAGGUUGUAAUAAUUUAUAUGUAUUAUAUGCCAUGUGGAUAUGUAGUGGAAUUUGUUGAACCUAUGGUUGAUUUGACACUGUUUUAUUAUAUAUUCUUAUAUAAUAGUAUGUGGGUGUUUCUUAUUUAUCUAUUACUAGCAAGCUGAUCUGUAUUUUGUUGAUUUUUUCAAAUAUAUUAAUUAAUAGU